CAGACGGCACGACACAACAGGAGGAUUUCUUAAUAUCUCUUCUGCUGUGUUCUUUAUAUCCUGCAGUCUGACAACGUGCUUCUGCUCACUUCCAGAACAGUCAUUUUUGGCGCAGUGGGACAUCAUCUCCCAUUAGAACAUCUUUGUGAUUUUCUAGAAAAAGGACAUCUUUACAAUAAGCUGUCGCCUCUGUGUCUCUGUUCGGGGAGGAUUCUGCUUCUAUAGACACUGAGGCCUUUCUUUCUGAAGAUUAUUGCUGGAUAGUCAGGUUUUGUCUCCGUGCUGGGAAUAAAAGGAAAUGUGGAUUUUCAACAUAUUAUCAAAAGUGGAUGACACAUCGACAAGAAGACGGCACUUAGACGAAGAAAUACAAUGGCAGUAAAGAUCUUCUGUGCUGUACCAAAGCCCAAGGAUGUGGAAACGUACACUAGAGGAGAAGAUGAGGGAAGAGAUUGUUUGCAGCAGUUCCCCUGUUGUCCAGCUUGUAACCAGGACUAUGACAUGGCCCUGAUCCUGCCAUGCUCUCAUACUAUGUGUGCUCGCUGUGUGGCAGCUGCAGAGGGAACCAGCUCGUGUGGUCCACGACAGUCUGUGUGCUCGGUGCUGUGCCCCUGCUGCAGACAUCGUGUAGAGCUGCCGUGCUGGGCCUGGUCGUCUGCCACAUCCUGUCUGCCAAAACAUCCCACCCUGAGGCGUGAACGUGUCAGCGGGGAGACAGGCAUCGAAGGGGGGUCGCCUGAAGAUCACCUUCAACAUGUGCAGGAGGAGAAAACAGCACAGACCAGUUUACAUUGCUCCAGAGCUGCCAGUUCCUCAAUAAUACCAGAGGAUGGUGCUGUAGACCUGCAAGAAGAAGAAAUGGAGCAGUCUGUUUUUGGACUGCAUUUUGCUUUGGACCCUUCAACUGCCCCUCCAUCCCUCCAUCUUUCCAACUCCUCCCUCACGGUCACCUACCACAGACAGAGUCCCCCAGCCCCUCCUCCAGAAAACAAGAUCAGGAAAUCGACGAUGAGCCCUGACCCCAGGGCCCUCUUUCAUGUAUGCGCUGAUGUUGUGAUUGCACGGGGACAAUACUACUGGGAAGUGGACGUCUCUAACAGCUCCGUCUACAGGAUUGGUGUGAUCUCAUUGAACGGCUCUACUGGCUGGUGGCUUCAGAGGCAGGGCUCGUCUUUCUGUGCCGUGUACGAUGGGAGCUGUGAGCCAGUUUGCACUGUCCCACCUCAGAUCAAAACCUUCGGGGUCUUCCUCAACAUCGGAGGGGGAACCCUGAGCUUCCACAACCCUCUGACCCAGGAGCAUCUCACCACACUGCCCACCAGCUUCAGCCCUGGUGGAGUGCUCCCAACCCUGGGCCUGGGUCAGGGCAGGCUGAGGCUGCGUUGCGGCCUUCCCCCUCCUCCUCAUGUGUUUCUCAGUAAGGACUCGGCUUACAGGGGGCCUUGUAGGGCCGAUGGUAGUCGGUGGCGCAGGGAGGUUCCCUUUCAGUCUGUCAGGAAAGUGAUACAGAAGUUUGAGGAGCUGGCUUUGUCAGACUCAGACUCGGGCCUGGUGUCCAGUUUUGGAUCGUCCUGCUCCACCUUGGCUUCCCUUCCAGAUGUGGCAAUUCCUGGGAGUUUUCCCUCUGACCAAGCAGGACAGGAAACUGAAGCUGAAUGAGAAGAACUUCUAAAACUUUCUCUUCAAUGGAAGCAACAAAAAGACCCCGGUUCCCCUACAAAGUUUGAUCUAUGGCUGUCAUUUGAAAGGCAAAUUUUUUUUAUCUGGAGGGACUUUUAGCUGCCUCUUUCUACUCUCUGUGUGACCCCGGACCGGCAAUUGACUCUCUCCCCAGGACACAGGCCUUUCUCUCAGCUAAACAACCCCCACUGGUUUGGGCUUGGGGCAGAAAGAGUCCUCUGUAAUGUGAAGUGUGAGGAAAGGGUGGGCUUGUAGCAGCGGGACUUCUUGAUUUGUCUCAGUGUGACGGUUGUCAGACAGUGGGGGUCCUGGACCAGCAGUGUGCACGUUUCAGUGUAUGUGAGAAGCAGCACUACACUGAGCGUUAGCUCGGUCGCUCCUCCAUUUCGGUGUGUGUGUGAGCAAGAGGGAAUAACGUACAAGCAGCAGGAGGUGAGAUGAUGAGGUGCGAGUACAGUGACACCAGUGGUGUUGACACAGAUCGGCAAGGACAGGUGGUAGCAUCCGUUUAUCCCGCGGUCCGUCCUCGAUAGGACAGUAGGGUUGCCCUUUGCUGACCCUUUGAAAACCACAGGACUCCCCAAGACUUCAAAGGGGGUGACAGAGAGCAGGAGAACAGAGAGCGAGAAAGAGAAAACAGCAUGCAUGAAUUAAAGACAGCAGGUGAUGAACUGGAAAAAGGAAUGAGCUAAGAGAUUCCCAACAGCUUUAAUACCAAGAAGCCCUAAUGGAUGUGCUAGCUCAGGCCACCCCAUGUGAGAACUUGUUUUAAAGAAGAACUGGGAUAGCACAUGUAGUAGCAUAGCACAGAAACUUUAGGAACUUUACAAAGAAAGCCUCAAUGGACCUCAGUCCCGUUUUAAUGUAUGUGAUGUCUGUCAAAUGACUGAAUCAACAAGUGAACACGUGCAUCUGUGUUGGUUAUUGAUGGAAUCAAAGUUGGGAAAUGUCACCAAUUUCAGCCUCUUUUCUCAACAUACUGUUAGAAGUUUUUUAUUUUUUUUACUUUUUCAUGGUCACUUUUUUUUAGGUUCUUGACUAACAGGAGAGCACAACACAAAGUUGCACAGCCAUGUCACUCUGACCCCAGCACCCAGGAUAGAUUACUGCAUUUUAAAGUACAACCAAAUAAAAUUCCACUAAAGCUACAUGACAUUUGCACCAUUAAGCUGCAGUAUACUGGUUUUAAACUCUGUAUAUCUCCGCACUCGUCUUGCGUUCCUUGGAAGCUUUGGGUUGUGCACGUCUCUCAGAAUUAGAGAUGCAGUUCAGUGCAUGGCUGUUUAGACCCGAAAGUGAGGACAGCUGCAGAUUUGGAUCGCCACAACGGCCCAGAGUUUUUGAAAGAAAAAAACUCACACAGUCUGUCUGGCUGAGAAGCCAACCACAUCUCCAAUUUCAGCAUUUACAAUAUCGUAACCUCAAGUUUCACCAUGGCUUCUGUUUACAUUGUGCUAAAGUUUAGAAGGAAGCAGUUCUGUGUUCAGUGUGGAUGUAUUGCGACAGAUGGAUACAGCUCCACUGCAGCCUUGCCGUUAAGUUUUCCUACUGGUCACUCACAAAACUGCUACAUACAAACAAAAAUAUUUUUCCCACAGAUGGCAUUUACAAAAGACGUUUGUAAAACCACCGGCUGCUGCAACGGCAGGGUUUUAUUUAUUCUAUUAUGGAAAUACAUGGAUGCUUUAUAUUUGUAGAGCCUCCUCAGAGCCUAGAAGAAUGUGUUUCAUUAUGUGGUGUCAUCAGUGUUGUCAGUGUUUAGUGGGAACCAGCAGGGACCACGUGUGCAGUGGAUCACACAAUGCAAAUGCAGAAGUUUGAAAACUUUUCUGUGUACUGGGCCUGAGAAGCAGAUUUCAUUCAAGUGAAGUGGAGCCAUAUUCAGGGUGUCCCUAAAGUCUGGACACAGGAAAUCUCAUUAACUAUACAUUUUUUUGCCUCCACAGAUCAAAUAUGGCUUUGUUGAAAGAAGAAAGAGUUGAACUGGUACUUCUCAGUGGAUGUGACUUUAGGGACACCCUGUAGAUUCAUCUUUAAAAGGGACCAAUUCAGCUCAAUCCCAAAUCGACAUUCAUAUUCUAGAGUAGACCUUCAUCUGGCAAAUAUGAUUUGCUGAAAUUGAAACUGAUCACCAUUUGAUAAUGACCGUACUGAAACGUUGCAACGUUGAAGGUAUAGUAUAGUAUAGUAUAGUAUAGUAUAGUAUAGUAUAGUAUAGUAUAGUAUAGUAUAGUAUAGUAUAGUAUAGUAGUACAAAUUGCAAGUUAGACAGUGUGCAGGAGCCCCCUUUUAUGAACAUUGUAUAGAAAAAAUAAAAUGCUGGAUGUUCAUAUUAUUUUUUUUUUAAAAAGGAAUGUUUUAAUAAAUACAUGGUUUUCGGCCCACGGUGAUUGUGCUUUUCAAUCCUCUGGAAACACACACAGUACACAAACAAAGGGAACAAAUCUGUUGCUGUCACAGCCACCGUCUACUUCAACGCAUUGGUGUAAAUCAUGUAUAUCAGCAGCCUUAAGGUGAAUUUGUCUCUAACAGGUAACAAGAGAAGUAAAGAAAUUUUAGAAACUCAAAGAUACAAUUCAUGUUCAUAUAAAAAUGAUUUUGAAAAUCCCAAACUUAAAACACUAUUUGUGUUAAUUUACCUUUCAUUUGACAAUAACAGCCAAAUAUUUUUUCUAUCUUGUUGUUUCCUGUCUCAAUGGUAUAUUUUUCUCUUUUGGUCGCGGAUGUAUUUGCAGAUAAUGUUCUUCUAUUGGAACUGAACCAUGUUAAUGUUUUGAGCAGGGGGUGGAUGGAGGGGCCUUGAGAGGCUCUAGUAAUAUUUAAAUAAAGUCUCUCAAAUAGAUUUUUUAUCCUGUUAAUAAAAGUAAAUCCAUCCAUUA